GGCUGAUAGCGUGAUUCGGGAUUUGGAUGAGGCAGAGAGGAAUAUGACAGUGGAUGCGAUUUCCGCUCUGGUUUUCCAACUGCAGGCCGCCGCGGAAGUGAUCGUGGGUAACCUGCUUUCCCUCUGCUCGGGGGCCGAGGGCGGGUCUGGGGGUUCUUGCGUAAUAAACAACGUUAGUUCUUCAGCCACCGCGAUUUGUUGCUGGGACGACCUGCUAGGGCCGAUAGCCACGGUUCGAAUCGACUACAGUGCGCUUGACAGUACAACUAUUUUCCAUCGUCUUGGGGAUAAGAAUUACCAUGGGAGCACGAGGAAUUACAAUCAUCGCGACUACGGGUACGGUGUGCUGUCUCCGGCGAAAAGAUUCUUCCACGGUUCUGAUUUUGUUUCACGUGGCAGGGUCAUGUGGGAUCAUCGCAGUGGUCAACAGGCAAUUCUAGCGCCCCAGCAGCAGCAGCAGUGCGAUUGGAAGAAGGCCUGGAAUUACAUUCACAACAAGAAGAUGUUGAACUGGCCAUCUUAUCAGAACAAGAAUGAACUGGCCACGGGACAAGAAGUAGAAAAACACCAGCAGGGCGCCUGGUCCUCGUCCUCCUGGUGGUCUGAAAAUAACUACAGGGAUCAUCAUGACCAAAACCACGACAUCGCUACCAAUAAUGAUUGGCCACAUAAACAAGAUUACAACCAGCGAAACUACAAUUGGGACGCGUCUGCGUCGUCCCGAUGGUGGAACGGAACUGGAAAUAGAACUUCUCCCAGUGCAGAAACGAACCCGAAGGCCUGCCUGCUACUGUUGCAGCCUAUUAUGAGCGGCCGCGUGACAAAAGCGAUAGCGCAGAGGACUUCAAGCAAAUCUUCCAUCUGCGAAGACGAAGAAGAGAUACUGCGGACAAAUAAAGAUCGUGAAAAGACGAAAGAUGAGAAAGAGAAUUUGAAAAGCUUCGAGAUCGUCUUUAUCCAUACGAUUGCGCAAUUAGUGGACUUCCUGAACCUAGUCGCGCAGGAAAUGGAGCGCAGGGACGAACACGAGCAGCGGGUUCGGUUGCAAGAACAAACAAGGAAAAAUACACGUCGUAAUCCCCCACCUAGAUCUGGUGGUCCUGCCGAACUUAGCAACACAGAAGUAGGAGCUGAGGACGACGAGAACAACCCCCGUGAUCUUCUCACCACGAUCUGCGUCGACCUGGAGGGAGUUCGGCUGAACCGGUGGGGAAAGAUUUGCCUCUUGCAAAUUUUGCUGAAUACGAAGCCUGAUACGGUAUUCGUCUUUGACGUCAGUACGCUCGCGGACUUAGUAAACAGUCGAUCAAGAUCAUGUUCAGCAUCAUCAUGUCAGCACAGAGGAUCAUCCGUCGCAGGAGCAGCUCCCGCUCCUUCUUCUGAGGCUGCUCCUUCUGCACAUCAACAAGAAGAGGCUCGUCCACUUAGAAGUGAACCAUCUGCUGUCCCGGCGUUGAUGUGUCGCACGACGUCAAAGAACCCGGCAGUCGUACUCUCCUCAUCUCCACGAACUGUUUAUACUUCUGCAGCAAAUGAAGCAGCAGCAUCAUCAUCAUCUUCACCCCCCACCAGCGGCGCGGAGGUCCUUUCAGAGGGUAGGAACAACGUGAAUUUUCCUCUUCCACCGGCUGGAAAUAAACCGGAGGCGGAGGUGGACGGACAGACAGGACCUCUUAACGCAACUACCCACGGUACUAGCAAGGACCACGAGGUCUGCGAUUUUUAUAUCAACUUCAUGGAAACAAUAAAAUCAACGCAUAGAAGUACUACCUGCCGUAGUUCCACUUCUCGUCCACAACAAGAAACCGGCCACUCCUCGCAGCCAGCAUGGACGCUGAAGAGGCUUUUCGAGUGCGAAAGAAUCGAGAAGAUUUUCUUCGACUGCCGUAACGACAUAUCCCAGAGAAAAAAGCUGGCAGGGCAUAUUUGUAAUGCAAAAAUAAAUACACACAAAAUAAAAAUUUUGUCAUGGGUGGCCCCAUAGCAUGCUGUUUCAGAUAUGCAAUACAGGUUUUGUGUAUUUAUUUUUGCAUUACAAAUAUGCCCUGCCAGCUUUUUUCUGUGUGAUACGACAGCGACGCCAUUUACCACCAGUUCCGGGUGAAAUUGGCAAACGUGUUGGAUUAUGCAUUGCGAAUAUGUCUGGGUCGGGAAACUUGUGAUGCUGGGCGGCGUAUCAUGAGGAGGCCACAAGUGCUGGCUCAGCAUGACAAGUUUCUGAGCUUCUAAGGUGUUGCCUAUUCUGCAUGACAAACUGCGUUUCUGCAUGACAAACGAAACGAUACGAUACGAUGCAUGACAGAAAAAUGGGGCUCUUGGGUAACGUGCAUGACAGAUUGAAGAGUCAUGCCAGACAAGCACGACAAAGAUGCGCUCUUCCAGACCCAGACAUAUUUGCACUUGAUAUGGACCUGCAGAUCCUGGAGAUCGCCACGCGACGGGCGAGGGGCUUGGAAGUCAAGUGGCUGAAGGGGUUAGCGAAAGUUUUGGGGGAGACGGUGCUGAAGCGCCGAGAUGUUGAAAAUAGCCAGCGCCUGGGAGGCGAGAACAAAGAGCAGACCGACAAUGCCGCCGUUCUUAUGCAGCGGACGCAGAGGGCAGGUGACGGAGGCUCGUCUUUGCCGACAGGAGCUUGGUCCGCAGAAUUUGCUGAAGCAGAGUUAAAAACUUCCGCCAUGUUGGCGACGACCGCCGGGACUACAUCUUCGCAGGGCGGCGACGCGCAACAAGCCGCAGAGAAGGACAAGAACACGACUGGUUGUGGUACCAUAUUCAAGGGGUAUGAUUGUCAACGUGGAUCAACCACAGCAACAGCAGUAGCAGAUGCCGCGUCGCCCGCUUCGAUUUUGUCCUCCAGCCAAGCGGACGAGGAACCUCGAUUAUAUGGUCGGGGAAUCGACGGGAAAACCCUCGGUAUAGUGGUUUCAGUACUGGUUUAGGUUUACAUUCUGUCGACCGAUUUGCAAUAGUACGCAGCGUUUUUAGAUGUUUAAUGCGUACCAACGUGUUUUCUGUAGUAAUCCUUUGUCAUGUUGUGGCCGAUCUACGUCGGUCUGUUAUAUGUGCUUCUCUACUCUAGUAGCUUUCCUUUUCCACAUUCCUGGUGUUGCGUGCAAAAAGGAAAAAAAAAACUGCACAAAAGGUUCCCCUGCUUGGUCCUCAAAUGCGAGUAGCGCACCCGAAAGAACAAAUGUCACGAGCUCCGCGCAAGAACCCGGCUCGGUGCAGAACGGCCGUGGCGAAGGAGGUGUCAAAAAAUUAUAAGUUUUUUCUGCGGUAGGUACGAGAAACCUACAAGUAGAAUGUCUCCAGCUUCAUGAUCAAAGCUUUUGUUAGUACUCGUCUAGCCGUAGCUGUCAAUCAUUUGACGCAGGUGCUACCGCCAACAAUGCGGCUGGAGUUGUUCCAGUACCUACACCAAUUCCGGCCCACACGCCCGCGACCGCGGCCGAAGUAGAGGACAGCUUGCAGUAUGGUCUACUAUUUCCCAGCAAGAAGGAGCAGCACGAGGAAAGAAGGCGGUCAACAAGACCAACCGAAAAUAAACCCGCCAGCAGUUCUACUUGUCCUGAGGCCGAGUUUAUGAACUGCAAAAAUGUCUGGGUCUGGAAGAAUGCGCGACUUGUCAUGCAGCUUUUCCAUGACCCAUGAGGUCUGGAAUGCAGGACCUAGCAUGACAGAUUCUGUGCGAUCUGUCUCAUGCCUAUCCUGCAUCAGAAACUCCCUCGCGACUUGGUCAAAACUGGACGACUUAUGGUAAUCAUGCAACACUGAUUUUUGCAUGCUUUAGAUUUAGCAUGACAAGAUCGGUGGACUCUUCCAGACCCAGACAUUUUUGCAUUUGAUAGAUUUUCUGCAGUGGCUCGACUCCGAAGCGAAAAAACUCUUCGAGCCAAUACGCAUUGGAAAAGUAUCGUACUCGUAUGAUUUCCAUCUUCACAAAUUUUGGCGAGAAAAAAAUUUGUAUUUGUAUUGCUGAUUCAGCUUGUGCUUGGAGGAGACAUUUGUCGUGCAGGACUGCAAUUUGUAAGAGCGCGAUGCUUUUGGAAUGCAUAGCCAAAAUUCGGCGGCAACUUUAGAAGAUUCGAAAGUCGCCCACUGCACCCGUUGCUACUACUUUACAGUGCGAGUGACGUGAGGUACAUGCUAGCUUUGAAAGAAGAAUUGUUGCAGAAAUUGGGGGACGAGACAGCUUCUACGACUGCGACACUACAGAACAGCAGUACAACAAUUACGGGUCAUGAAGAACAAGCAGUACAUGAUGCAAGUAGGGACGAGGAUGCUUCGGCUUCCAGUGAGAACGAGAAACACGUCGUAGCAAACACAACACAAAAACCACUUCCGGCAACAUCAAAAGAUCGGUCCUUUACCGACUGGAAGCGUCUCGUGCGGGAGAAAUCCAAAGAGCGCGUAGAAUUUGCGUUUGCAGAAGUGUAUCAACAACCAUCGAAAGAAGCUCCUGUGAUGUGAGGAGGGAUUGCGAGCGUAUAAUGCACGAGGUCACGACCUAAAAAUCGCCGCUUGAUGUGUAGUUGCACCUCCUCUUGCGCCGGCUUUGACGAGGGCAGGUUGUAGGUGAAACAGUAGCGUCGGCAAUGAUGAAAACGGAUGGGAAAAUCAAAAUCUUCACGAAUCUUAUAAGCAAGUGUGGUAGAACUAGAAAGUUGUAAUAUGUGACAAUACAACGGUCGCUAUUGCAGUAGAUGUCAUCUAUUGCAAUAAUCUGGGGGCAGCUAGAACUACUGGAAAUGAAACUCAUUUUUGUGAUGCUGUGAAGAAGAUUUAAUGUGCAUCGUUGGAGACUAGAAAAUGUUUUUCUUUUUGGAAGACAGAAGGAGAAACACACACCAAAAUGAUAUGGUCGAAAGGUGAUGCUUGGUUUAUCCGGAAGUUGGUGACUCAACAGUCUAAUCGUGUCUCCAAUUUUCGUUGUGAG